AUGUUAAUGAACUUCACACGCUGCGCACUCGGCCUGACCGUGGUCGUCGUGGCUGUGGCUCUGCCCACUGCAGCCUUUCCCCAGGGUACAGCGGAGCUCCUCUUCACCGGCUGGGGGUCACAGUCGGUGGCUGGUACUCUUCCCGUUCAGCUGCAGCGUGUCCAGCAGCAGCACAUCACCAGCCAGGUCUGCUCGACCCUGCUCGCCGCCUACGAGGAUGUGGAGCUGGGCGCCUGCCAUGUGUGUGGUUUUCGUCAGGCGAACAUUGGCGCCUGUCAUGGCGACUCGGGCGGACCUCUGGUCUACGAGGGAACCUUGGUGGGGAUUCUCAACUUCUUUGUGCCGUGCGCCCAAGGGGUGCCCGAUCUUUUCAUGAAUGUCAUGUACUACAGAGACUGGAUCCGGCAGACCAUGAGUGGCAAUGGAAAGUGUUCCCAGGUCCAUAAGCAGCAAAUUGGCUAA